UAUAUAAGAAGAAUUUCUCACAAUUUAUUAUUCCAGUACUGAGUACAAUAUUUCCUUGCUUUUCAACUUUAUUAGCCAAUAAUUUAUUUAGUCGUAAUGUAUAUCGUAUUAUUAUUUAUUUGAAUGUAUCCACAUUCAUUUUAUUGGGUCCAACGUUUAGUAAAACUCGGGAGAAAUUUCGGCGAGCCUAGAAAACAGUGGGAGACGACACCCCCUGGCGCCCCCCCCCCCGCUGUUUAUUUAGUGUCCACCUUGAAGUGUAGUGUUGUAUUGAUGGUUUCUUUAUUUCUUUAUAAUUUCCACGAAUUAUUUUGUGUAAGUCUGAAAACAUGUCAUCAGGUGGUUGGGAGGUAGUUGGUAAGAAUAAGAAGGACAAAGUGGCUGGAAAGCCUUCAAAAUUAUCGAAGACAGAGAAGAAGAAAUUAAUUGAAAAUUCACCAAAAGUCGAGGAUUUCCUUCCUCUCAAUCAAGUGAAGACACUCUACGACAGUUUGGAUGGGGAUAAAGAGAAUAAGAAACCAAAAGAUAAAGAGCACAAAACGAAAGGUAAUGAAGAGAAAAAGAAACAGUAUCAACAGAAAUUUCAGCCAAAUGAAAAGAAGAAGCUGCCGAUCAAAGAGAACUCUAAAGAAAAGUCUUCCAAGCUCACAGAGAAAAGUGUCAUUACCGUAGAGAAAAUCACCGAGCUUUUAGAUACAAACAAAACGAGAUUCCCAGACGCUCCGUUAAUUUGGCUGAAGGACCUAGUAGCUUAUGUCAAUGCCACAUUUUCGCAAGAGAAAUCACGUUCAAUUUUCCAGUCGACAUCAGAGACUUAUCCACUCAGUUUAAUCCCAAAGUCGGUUCGUACAAUUUUCGAGAAAGUUAUCAGAUCGGCUGGGACCCAAAAUAUUCAAAUGUUUUACGAGGGGACUCUUUUUUUAAUGGUGAAGAACAUGUCGAAUGACAGUCCAGAUAUGGGGAGCAAGAUAUUUCUGCAAUUGUUGGCGCAAAUGUAUCCCUCGAUCACCACGUUAAACAUUGAAAAACAUAUUGGUCUCAGGAAUUCUUAUCAGAAUAAGAAAUCAGUCGGUUUUUCUUUACUUUGGGCUCUCUCUCAACCGGGCUAUAAGGAUGUGGGCGUAGGAUUGACUCUUUGGCAUGAGGUGAUGGCACCAAUGUUGGAAUCGAAAACUUAUGCUAGCCAUGUUAUGAAAAUACUAAAGAAAACUCUCUGUGCUGAUACAAAUUUGAAUAACUUGACGCAACAUUUGUUCAUGCAAAUUUUUGAAGAUUUGUACUCUGGGAAAAUACAUAUUUCCAAUGCUGUUGAGAAAGAGAUCAGAGAAUGCGGAGAAUUAUUAAAGGCGGUGGCUAUGAAGAAUAAUCAAGUCAAUCAUCUGUUACUUUUUGAGAAUUCGAUGGAGAGAAUUACAUCAAAGACGAAUCCAACUUUUAGGAACGAAUUAUUGAGGAUAAUGACAACUUGUAUUACUGUUGAACCUGAGUGUCUGGCUUCCUGGAUGAGUCUGCAUGGCAAACACCUUUAUCAAUCGGAAUUGCUCCUCAAACAAUUAG